AUACAAGACUGUAUUAUUUGUACCUCCCCUUUCUCGCCCUCACUCUGUGCAUCCUAGCCUCCCUUCCUAGAUAUCCAUCCCACACCUCUCCACCCGCAAACGGCUCCUACGGUGAGAGAAAAAGAAAACAGAACAGUUUCAAACACGUCGGCAUAAAUCUCACAUCCAGAGCUCCCUUUUCUCCUUCCCCUCCUGACGGACUUCAUUACUUUAUUCCUCUGCGCGCCAAUGCCCGAGACCACGCCGAAACGAAGGAUUUUUUCCCCUUGAGCAUGAAAAGGAUUGCCAAAUCAUCCGCAAUCCAACAUCACCGACUGAGCCACCAGCAUGAGCACUGGAUACAUAUGCUCCAGCAGAAGUUGUUGGCUAGAGAACUAACAAAUCUUGGACCACAAAUACAGCUAAGAGGGGAGAGUCAGUUUUAGGUCUCCACAUAAUGGAGCGAGAAUGAACAGAGAGCGGCUUAAAAAAAAGCAUGAACUGGAGGUUUAUUGAGGUCAUCUGCUUCCUGUUUAUAUGGGACCAUAUAACAGUUCAGUCUUCCCGCCAGGACCUGUUGGCCACUGAACAACAUGUCACCAAGCAAUAUGACUGGCUCAUCUCUGACCGUGGACCUUUCCACCACUCUCGGAGUUAUCUGUCCUUUGUGGAAAGAUUCCGCCAAGGAUUUACGACCAGAUAUAAAAUUUAUAGGGAAUUUGCACGUUGGAAGGUGAGGAACACAGCGAUUGAAAGAAGGGACCUGAUCCGGAACCCCGUGCCACUCAUGCCUGAGUUCCAGCGCAGCGUACGCUUGCUGGGCCGCAGACCUACUACUCAACAGUUCAUCGACACCAUCAUUAAGAAAUAUGGAACCCACAUUCUCAUCUCAGCCACCCUUGGAGGAGAGGAGGCAUUGACUAUGUACCUGGCCAAAAACAAGCUGGACAGGAAGCUUGUCAACGCUACUCAGAACGUGGAAGCCCUUCAUCAGCUGGCCUCAUCCUACUUCAUUGACCGUGAUGGCACGAUGAGGAAGCUGCAUGAGAUCCAGAUUUCCACCAAUGCCAUCAAGGUGACAGAGACACGGACGGGGCCAUUGGGAUGCAGUAGCUAUGACAAUCUGGACUCAGUUAGCUCAAUCCUUCUGCAGAGCCCCGAGAGCAAGCUUCAUCUGCAAGGUCUUCAGGUCAUUUUCCCAGAAUACCUGCAGGAGAAAUUUGUCCAGUCAGCCCUGAGCUAUAUCAUGUGCAAUGGAGAGGGGGAGUACGUGUGCAGUAACAACCAGUGCAUCUGUCAGUGCGCCGAAGAGUAUCCCCAAUGCAACUGUCCCAUCACCGACAUCCAGAUCAUGGAGAACACCCUGUUGGGGAUGUCUGAGUCCUGGGCAUCUUCUUAUAAAGACUUUGAGAACUCUGACGAGUUCAAGUCCUUUCUGAAGAGACUGCCCGCCACUCACUUCCUGCCCAUCAGCAGUGUUCAUCUCCUGUGGGGCAGCGACUGGGACCUUCAGGCCCGCUACAGGCUCCUUCAGAGUUCCCUGGAGAUCCAGCGGCUCAAGAUCCAGCGCACCGCCCGCAAGCUCUUUGGCCUCAGCAUCCGUUGUCACCACAACCCCAACCACCAGAUGCCUAGGGAGAGAUCUGUGAUGCAGUGGCUCAACAGGGUUCAGUCCUUCCUCUACUGCAAUGAAAACGGGUUCUGGGGGACCUUCUUGGAGAGCCAAAGGACAUGCGUGUGCCACACAGGUGUCACUCUAUGCCAGCGACCCAUCCCAUGUGUCAUAGGUGGCAACAACAGCUGUGCCAUGUGCAGCCUGGCCAACAUCUCACAAUGUGGCUCCUGCAACAAGGGCUACAAGUUGUACCGUGGUCGCUGUGAGCCCCAGAAUGUAGACUCAGAACGUAGCGAGCAGUUCAUCAGCUUUGAAACUGAUCUGGACUUUCAGGACCUUGAACUGAAAUACCUGUUACAGAAAAUGGAUUCGCGACUGUACAUUCACACUACUUUCAUCAGUAAUGAGAUCCGACUAGAGACCUUCUUUGACCCUCGAUGGCGUAAGCGCAUGUCCCUGACUCUCAAGAGUAACAAAAACCGGAUGGACUACCUUCACAUGAUAAUCGGUCUAUCGAUGAAGAUCUGCCAGAUGCGAAAUAGCAGCAUUGACCCCAUGUUCUUUGUUUAUGUCAACCCAUUCAGUGGUAGCCACUCAGAAGGCUGGAGCAUGCCCUUUGGGGAACAUGGUUACCCCCGCUGGGAAAAAGUACGACUGCAGAACUCCCAGUGCUUCAACUGGACUCUCCUGCUGGGAAACCGAUGGAAGACCUUCUUUGAGACGGUGCACAUCUACCUGCGUAGCCGCGCUAAGAUCCCAACUGGCUUACGCAAUGACACAGGACAGGGUCCGGUGGAUCUCGGAGACCCUAACAAGCGGCAGAUCUACAUAAAAAUAUCUGACAUCCAAGUGUUCGGCUACAGCCUGCGCUUUAAUGCCGACCUGCUCCGUAGUGCUGUGCAGCAGGUUAACCAGUCGUACACACAAGGGACUCAGUUCUACUCAUCCUCAUCUGUUAUGCUCCUGUUACUGGACAUUAGGGAUCGGAUUAACCGCCUUGCCCCUCCAUCUGCACCUGGCAAACCCCAGCUGGACCUCUUCUCUUGUAUGCUAAAGCAUAGGCUCAAGCUCAAUAACAGCGAGAUGAUUCGAGUAAAUCAUGCCUUGGACAUGUACAGCACAGAGAUACUAAAACAAUCAGAUCACCUGACUGCUAAACUCUGUUGAACAUACUGUAGUAACAUUAACAUAAGGACAGCAAACAGAAAAACCCAACAAAUGAACUACGAGGGGAUCUUAAUGUUUAUUUUGUUUUCUCUUUUUCAUUUUUGGACCUUUUCUGCCUUUUGAUGUAAUAUUAACUUUGUAAGCAUAAUUCUUAAAUAGAUAAAGGAAAAGGCAGUGAUGAAAAGCAUUUCAGAUGAAGAUAAAGAAGAUUAAUGGAACCACUAUAAAGACUGUAUCAUAUUUGUCCCAGCAUGUCUGUCAUUUCAAAAAAGAACUUAAAAAAAGAGAAAAAAAGAAAUAUUAAAUCUAUGUACUGGUGAAAAAGAGGCCUUGAUUUUACUCUGAGGGAUCAAAGGUUAUAUCUGAAACUGCCAUUCUUUACUGAGAAAAACAUUUUUAAAGGAAUAAUGAUAUAACACAAGGGCAGACCAGAUAUCCUUUUAUUUCAGCUAAUGUGCAAAAUAUUUCCGACCUAACGGACAGUUUAAUAUUAAAAGAUGUUUAUACAUUGUAAGGAUUAAAUAGCCCUAGUGAAUAAGUACUCAACACAUUACUUAUAGACUCUUUAUUACAUUUCAAACCCACAGCGGAUCAGCAUUGCUCUUUGUGAGUUAUGAGGCACUCUGUCAUUGUUCUGACACAUAAGGCACACAGCAGGGCAGUAAUGGAUAGUCAUGUCAAAUAACAAAAGCCAGCUGUUUAUAUAUAUACAUAUAUAUGUGGGUGAAUGUAUGUGUGCGUGCGCGUGUGCAAAUGUGCGUAUACCUUUUUUUGGCUUGAUGCUUAUUGCUGUUCGUUAAUUGAAUGUGUCAUUUGAGAUUGACUCCAGUCUAAGCGAAAUCUUGCAUUUGGAGCGCUUCUUCUCGUGUUUGAAAUUCAAGCUGUGUUUUUCACAAGGCAGUACCUCCUGGUGCGUGAGUGCAAUAUUGUGGUCUGAAGAUUUAACAAUCAAUGCUAUUUUGUACAGCUUUGCAAAAUGUACAUGUUGUGACUGCUGAUUUGUGGAGCUUUUCAGCACCAAGAGAAAAAUGUAAACAUUCUUCAUCCAGGCACAUUUGCAAGACAACUUAAAGCCAUACACUUCCCUGAGGUAGACAUACAGUAAGACAUAAAGUUCAUCCCCAUUUCACGAAAGUGCGUACGUAAAAAAAAUGUUCCAUUUGAAUGUUUUUAUUUUAUUCUCUCGGUUUUUAGAUAAGAGCACAGCAACAAGGGAGAUUACAAGAGAAGGCAUAUUAUGUUGGAUAAGAAUUGUGUUGUAAAGCCAUUGAAUUUCUCUGUUGUGCCACAGGAAAAAAAAGUUAAAAAAAGAAAUGGUUAUAUUAAAGCUUAAAAUACCUUUUUGGCGGUGUUUAAUCUGUAAGCUUUUUAUGACCACAUGUAAAGAUCAUGUUUUUUUCUCUCUAGAUAUGAAAUUGAACCUUGUUUUGCAUGUUGCUGGAAACAUCAACAGAGCUGCAACUGUGUUUAACACUCAAUCAUCUAACUGAAAUAUGAAACACUACCUAUAUGUAUUGUUGGUCACAUUUUAUUUGGGUAAUCUGAUGCUGAAACAUUGCUAUUGCUGAUGAAUAUUUGUAGGUCCAGUCCAUUACCUGCAUGUUUGUUAACAACAACAGAGGCAAGUUCACUCAUGUCAUACAACCUAUAGCUGUUCUCAUUGAUGGGUUUGAAUUAAAAAAAAAGGAGUAUUUUCUGCCAUGGCUCCCAAACUCUGGAAAAACCUUCCUCCCAGUGUAAAAGCUGACAGCCAGUUGCAAGCUUUUAGAAAAACAUCUUAAAGUGCUCAUAUUAUGCUUUUUGGCUUUUUCCCUUUCCUUUGUUGUGUUACAUAUGUCUGUUUGUGCAUGUUAUAGGUUUACAAAGU